GUCAGAACAGAACUUUAUUCUGUCAGUUGUCAGUUGUCCCGCCUUUUAACCAUUAUUAAUCUACACACUACUACUACUACUGCUGUUUGUACUGCUAUUGCUGCUGCUGUUGCUGCUGCUGUUGUUGUUACUGCUGCUGUUGCUGUUUUAUUCCCAGUGACCUUGACAAUAGGAUAGGUUUCUUGCUCGUGGAUUUCAACAUGGAACUUGACUGGAAAGAUAGCGAAACCAACAAGGGUGAAGAACGCGGUAAAGCGAACGAGGGAUGUGAGGACGCUACCGACAGUGUAUCAAAAAACACCAACAUCCAUUAUAAAUUGUUGCCGAAAAACCCCCCAGAUGAUAUGAUUGAAGAAAGCAAACGGUGGGAAGACCAGAAUGGAAACUGUUGCACUAAAGUAUUUCCUUCAUUCAAAACGAGAUCUACACAUUUUUCGACGAGCACAGUGCAGUGCUGUGGCGAUUGUUCUGGUUGAAAGUGGGCGUGUUGUUUUUCAUUUAUUUCGGUUUCGCCAUGUACACACGGUUUGGUGACGAAGGCUCCCUACGACUGCUCGUGUGCACCGUGUUUGGGGUCUUUCUGCUUGUCGUACGUUUUACCUGGAGAUUGACUGGAAGACCAUUUGUCUGGCUUGGCGACGCUUUAUCAAACCAGGAAAACGGAUCGUUAAUCAAGACAUUACGCUGGGUCCUGUACGUGGUGUCAGCAGUGGCGAUUAUUGUAGUGCUCGUCGUGAAGGUGGCGCUGGAGACUCCGGACAAUCUCGUGUCACUGGCUGGACUGACCACCUUCAUCCUCGUCACCUACAUCAUAUCAAUGAACCCAGCCAGGGUGAAGUGGCACCCUGUGUACUGGGGACUGAUCCUGCAGUUUUACUUCGCCCUUGUCAUCCUGAGAACGAGGUGGGGCUAUGAGGCGUUCAGGUGGAUGGGUGACCGAGUCGCGGAAUUCCUCGCUCAUACACGCGCUGGAUCAGAAUUCGUGUUUGGUCGCCAACCUGCAUUCUCCAUGGCCUUCUCGGUGAUGCCGAUGGUGACUUUCUUCAGUGCUGUUAUCUCCGUCCUGUACUAUCUCGGCGUCAUGCAGGCGAUCGUCGGCGUGAUCGGAAGAUUUCUCGGAUUCUGUCUCGGGACAACACCGGCCGAGUCUUUAAACGCAGCCGGAAGCAUAUUUAUAGGAAUGACAGAAGGUCUCUUGAUGAUCAGACCGUUCCUCGACAGAAUGACGAUAUCUGAGCUACACGCGAUCAUGACAGCUGGUUUCGCAACCAUUUCCGGGGGCGUGCUUGGGGUGUACAUUGGUUUAGAGAUUCCCGCUAACCACCUAUUAUCGGCGUCAGUGAUGUCGGCCCCAGCAGCUCUUGCCAUGUCAAAAUUAAUGUGUCCAGAAACGGAGGAACCCAUCAUAUCAGCUGACGACUACGGGACAAUGGAAGACAGUGAAGACAGAAAUUUGAUUGACGCCAUUACGACAGGGGCGACAACUUCGAUAAAACUAAUUGCUAGCAUGAUCGUAAACUUGAUCGCAUUUCUAGCUCUACUGGCGUUUGUAAACGCGACGUUGACGUGGUUUGGUGAAAGAGUUGAUAUCCAUAAUCUUACAUUUGAGCUGAUAUGUUCCUACGUGCUCUACCCUGUGGCUCUUGCUAUGGGCACCCGCCCACAGGACUGUCGGCGGGUCGCUAGGCUUGUGGGGGUGAAAACGUUCACCAACGAAUUCAUCGCUUACGAACGCCUGAAGGACUUGCUUGAAAAUAAGAAACGGUGGUUAAACUACACACAGGUUUACAACAGCUCUUCUGAUUGGCUGUGGCAUGAUCAGGACGCCUUCCUUGUGAGAACAAACGAAACACUGGUUGGCGGAUUUUUAUCGGUACGUUCCGAACUGAUCUCUACGUACGCGUUGUGUGGAUUUGCCAAUUUUGGCUCAGUUGGCAUUUUACUUGGAGCCUUGUCUACUCUUGCCCCGAAAAGGAAACCGGAAAUGUCGAGGAUAAUUCUGAGAGCCAUGAUUGCCGGCAACAUUGCUUGUUUUAUGACGGCGUGUAUCGCAGGACUGUUCUUCCAGGAAUUUCAAGAUGGAACGUAUCGAGUUAACUAAGAUGAAAUGUCACCGAGUGAUAGUGUUAAGAUUUACGUCAACAUAAAUGACAUACCUGUAUAUAAAUAGCAUGUUAACGAGGCAUUGUCCAAUUGACGUAGCCCAGUGGUACAGCGCUUGCUCGAUGCGCGGUCGGUGUGGGAUCGAUCCCCGUCGGUGGGCCCAUUGGGCUAUGUCUCGUUCCAGCCAGUGCACCACGACUGGUAU